AGAAAGUUCAAAUAAACAGUUUCCUAUAACACUCUUCUUUGCUACUUCAUUGCACUGCUCGCAAUAGCAUCUCUCAUUAAUCGGCGUUUCCUUCCAAAUUCCUCACUUACAGGAUUGCCUGCAUCAGGAUAUGACACAUUGAUUGCGACGAAGAUAACGCCGAAACCGCAAAACCUUGACGUUUAUUCUCGCAGGUUCUGGGUAAUGGAAACCCGAGACUUUGAACAGUCCGCAGCACAAAUGGGCGAACGCGGCGCUUCUACUCGACAUCACAAACGUGUUUGGACACUGUUUUUCCAGAAAACCCCAGAACCAAGGCAGCAGCGGAAUGCGAACAGAACGAUUAAGUCGGGCAAGAAUGGACGCAGGAGGAAAAAAGUUGGAAACAUCGGUCCCGUUCCCGCCUGCAGGCUUACUCCCCGCGAUCGCCGUCGUCCUUCACCGUCAAACACGGCUCCCAACUCCUUCAACACGAACCCCGGCGGUGUGCACCAAAACGAGAGCAUCGCACGUACGAUCACAAUCCAUCAAGAACCAUCUCAAGCCAUUGGAUCCUCGGCGCCAGCAAACUGGCCGUCCGUCGAAAAUCCUCCCGUGGUGAAUAUCCUUGAUCCAUCUGCAGGCAACGACAACAUCAUGAAUAGGGAUGGGCGUUGGGUCAAGAGCAGACCCGACCGACAUGCCGAACAAUCCGUCAUAUUCACUGCUGUUGUCGAACGGCUGCAGUUGCGGGAUAUGGUACAACCAUGUGUGCCAGGAGAACACGCCGACCGCCUGACACCCGUCGGGAAAAGGCCGAUGAGGAGUUGGAUUAAUUUAAGAGUUCAGAUCUGGCCGCAAAACUGGAAGGAAAUUAUUUUUCUAGUCCUUCAUGACGUGGACGAACGAGACGCUGAAGCGGAAUACGUCUACCUCGCCAGAGACUUCUUCGCCGCGUCGCCGUCUCCAAGUCAGCAACAGCAACGGGGAAUGAGCAGAGCGUAUUCGGAGAUGGGCCCAUUGCAAGAUGAACAAGGGAGCUUGAGCAACAGUUCCUCGCAAGAACUUUACGCUCAGACCUUCCAGAGUGUCGCAGGUGCAGAAGUGGGCCAACCGUUAACACAGUCGCCUUGGCACCAGUCUGACUGGGAUAUGCAUUCUAUUCCAAACCCUCCAAACCAAUUGGCGGGAUUGGGGCAGGGAAUCCAUCCAGUCAAUGCUGCUCCUAUGCUUUGCGGCUUCUCUCCUUCGCCAAUGGUCAACGGGAACCUGCCGAUGACGCUUAAUACGUUCAACCAACAAAUGCACAACCUGAUCAGCGGAUCACUGCCAAACCCUGACUAUUUCAUGUCGCCGAUGUCCCCUGCGCCCCCAUUCGUACCCGUUAGUAGCGCACCCCCUCUAUCUGAUGGCACUUUGUCUUUUUCCGAUCAGACCAUCAACUGUGACGAUUGGGAACCUCUACCGGGCAACCCUUACCAUUGGCCGUCAUUUGGGUUUCAGCCCUGAAAACCCAAUCGAACGGCAGCAGGGACCUGAGUGCUGGUGCAGCACGGGUAGGGUUUUGGUUUGUGGAGGACACCGGAUAACAGAUGAUUUGUCCUAGCAGACGAUCACAAAACGUUACGUUUCAGAGAUUACAUGAUCUCGCAGCAACCCAUGCCGGCGCCCAAGUGGGUAGGUACGGC